AUGUCGGUGCUUCCAGCGACGGCACAGAGAUUUGGUCCACCUGAUCUUGAAGGUGUUCCAUCUGCACCGGACUGGGUGCACUAUGUGAAGAACAAGGUGGCCAAGUUUGGGAGGCCUCUGAAACUUUGCUGCCCAUGCAUCGGGCUCAACAAUGGGGGCAGGGCUUUGAAAGAACUUGGCAUCGACUAUGAGCUUGUGGGGUCUUGCGAUGUGUUGUCACAUUUGGAAGAGCCCCUUGAACAGUUAGAAGGCAACCUGAAUGGCAUCAAGUUAGGCACAGAAGCUGGGGACAUUUUGUCCAUGGACUUGGAGACCCUCCCAAAAGAAGUGGACAUUUUGAUGGCUGGACCUCCAUGUCCACCAUUUGCUUCGAAUGGAAAUCGAAACCCAAAAGAGGAUGAACGAACCAAUGUGUUUUACCAGGUGAUUCUUUGGAUUGUCCUGUUUGUUCGUCGAGCUGGCCUUCUCUAUGCUUUGGUUGAGAAUGUGCAAGGUUGUGCCAACCGGCUGAAUGGGGCUACCAAAAGUUUCAUGGACAUCCUUUUGGAGUUCUUCGAGCAGGAGUUGCCCGAGAUGGUUUGGCGUCUUGAUUCCCUGAAUGCUGCUAACUAUGGGUUGGCGCAAUCACGAAAUCGAGUUUUUCUGCAAGGGUUGAGACGAGAUGUGAAGAGCUCCGUUCCUGCACCUUUACCUGCCUUUGAGCCAGUUUCUCUGAGAGAUUUCUUGAAACCUGGACUACCUCCCACACCGAGGGACAGCUUGACGAAAACCAUGCAGACCAAUCUGAAAAACUAUGAGGGCUUGGUUCGCCAAAAGAAGAAAGAUGGCACCAUUCCAAGGGGUUCCCUGGCUGUCUUUGAACUGGAUCGGGCAUUUGGCAAAACCUACAACCCAUCCAUGACAUUGGACAUGUCACCUUGCCUGAAAACCCAACUCCGCUACUUGUUUGUGGUGUCCACGGAUGAUGUGGAUUUGGCUGUGGCACCCGUGGUGAAGGCCAUCGAGAUCCGUUUUGGCACUUUGACCUCAUGGCCGAAGAAGGCACCUUUUGAUGGAGGAGACCUACCUGAUGUCCGGAGCUUCUUUUUGGCCCAGAUCCCCAAGAAGGCUGAGAAGAGUGACCGUAAGAGUUCCAAGCAAAAGGUUUUGAAAAAACCUGGGGGGAAAUUCAAGCCAAAGGUUUUGAAAAAACCGGCUGGCAAAAACACCAAGAAAAAGGUUUCAAAGAAACCAAAAGCUUCCAGCAUGAAGAAGACAGCCAAGACUCAGAAACCCAGCUCUGGCAAACCGUCAGAGAAACAAAUGCCAAAGAAACAGAGCUCUGGCAAACGAAACACCGAAGAGGUAUCUUUGAAUUUUGGGCUCACUUUGACAAAGAGCAGCAAGUGCAAGCGUGGUGUGGCCAUCAGCAGUGACAGUUCCUACAAUCCAAGGCUAGCCAAGCAAGAUUUUACUGACUCGGGAAGGGACCUGAUUGAAAUCCACACUCCUUAUGGAGACCUCGUUCAAUCGAUGGCAUUGCCACUAGAAGAUCCAAAAGAGGAUAUCUUUGUCAAAGCCAAAUUCUGUGGUAUCUUGGGGGAUGAAAAGGCAUUGAAAGAAUCACUUGGAGUUACUGGGUCAAGUGGCACAAAGCCAUGUUUCAAUUGCAAAAACAUUGGAAGCAAACACAACGACCUUUCAGACCACGACUACUUUGUCAGCUUGGACUGUUCGAAAUUUUCCGACUUGGACCUUCACACCGAUUCCUCGUUUCGUGAAAUGGCCGAUCUGCUUUUGUUACAUGACAGGGACCCUACCAUGACCAAGAAAAAAUUUGGCAAACUUCAGCAGGUAUUGGGAUUGAAAUAUGACAAAGACACCCUGUUGUUUCAGCCGGAUUUGAAAGAUUUGGUACAACCGAUAUCUUGCACCAUUUGGGACUGGAUGCAUGUUUUGGUGAGUCAUGGGCAAGCUGACGUGGAACUUGGGCUUUUCGUGCAUAAAAUGGUUUCUGAAACUCGAAUUAGCAUCAAACAACUGGAGGAUUUUGUGCUGCAAUUUGAGGGCUUACGGCAAUCUGGUGGAAAAUUCAACCGCAAUUUUUUGACGAGUCGCUUGAAAAAAGAAGGUGGCCCGUUCAAGGGUUUCUCUGGUGAACUUUUGGACCUUCUCCCAUUGGUGAGAACAUUUGUGGACAUGGUGCUGGUACCUUCUGGGAAAAUGCCUACACACAUUGAGUCAUUCAAAGAACUCUGCAAAAUCGUGGAUAUCAUGACCAUGGGUGAUGCAGCUUGCCCGGCGGUGAACGUGAAAUUGAGUUAUAAGUCAGUUACGGCUAAGUCCGAAACCCAACAUUGGCAGCAGCUUCGCAAGAAGAACCCCACGGAGGUGACCAGUCCCCUCAGACAACACCUUUGUCUGUGGUUCCUGAAGGACUUGCAGACCCGGGCCAUCAAAGUCUCAGAGUGCAAAGUGGGGGACCCCCUGCUCCAGGCCUGCAUGGACAGGAAAUUGCUGCUGGAGGACAUGAGUUGGCCUUUUCUCAAAUGGGAUCCCUCCACAAAAGCCCUGAUUAUCGACAAGAAGAAGGCGGUGUCGAUGGUCAAGAUGCUCCAGCACUUGGAGGAACUGUGCGAGGACAUGCGGGAUCCGAACGACGCUGAAGCCACACGUUCCCAAACAGAGCUCCUUGGCAAGCACACUCCAGCAGAUGAUGCCGACUGCACCGGGCAAGGGCCGUGGCAAGGGCAAAUCCAAGACCAAGUCAACCGACACAUGACCUCUGAGGAGAUCCACCGGUUGCGCUCCUUGACCGCAGUCAUGCAACUUGCCAAUGACAGCACCUGGUGUUUUGCAAACGUGACGGUGCAUUGCCUGUUCUGGGCACUUCUUUGCCAGCCCGUUGCAGACACUGAAUCUUGGGGCAAGCAUUUUGAACCACUUAUUCAAACGAUUCUUGAUAGCUGGAACUCUCCUGUUGUUUUGGCUGUUUUGCCGUGGUUCAAACAAGUGCUUGACAACUGGGGCCGCCCACAAGCUCAACAAGAUUGUGGGGAAUUUGUUCACAUCAUUCUGCGUUGGAUGACCUCUCCAGUGAUUGACAUGCACUGGGAGCGCCGCUGUGAGCAAAAGGGCCGAGUGCAAUGCAUGGACCAAGGUGACCAAUACAUGCCUUUGUUUCUGCAAUUUCCUCCUGCAGUUGCCCAGAGUUCUUCAUGCAAAUUUGACCAGCUUAUUCUGCACUGGUGCCAGGCUUAUGGCAUGCAAACGGCUCUCACCAGGGCUGCACCCUUGCUUUGCCUGCACGUGGACAGACUUCAUGAGGGACUCAAUGGCCAGAUCGAGAAAAGCAGUUGUGCAAUUGACAUUGAAUCAGAACUCACCAUUCCGGUGUUUUGCAAUGCCACGUUGGAACAGGAGCAUGUCAGUUAUGUUCUCAUUGCUGCUGCCUCACAUUUGGGACAGGAUGCUGCAGGCCAUUACCAGGCCAUCCUGAAGAUACAACCUGUGGUGACACAGGAAUCCAAGCCGGCGAAAUGGCUGCUGACACAGGACAACCAACGUCCCAGUCCCAUAUGGCGUGCCCCAGACCUUUUCAUGCAGAACAUGACGAUUGCGUGGUUGGUUCGAUCAGACUGUAUUCAAAUCCCACAGUACUUUCCUGAUUUUGCCAAAGUUGAGGAAGCUGUUGACCCGACACAACAGAUCCUGGCAUUGCUGCGACCUGAUUCAACUGCAAUGGCACCAUCCGACAUUCCACAGUGA